AUGGGACAUCGAAGAUUCCUUCCGGAAAAUCACGAUUAUCGGAACAGAACAGUGGAGUUUGAUGGAAAAAUUGAGCAUGGAAAAGUAAGGGAAGAAUUUGAUGCAUUUUCACGAGUAAGAAAUUUAAAUGUCGUGUUGGGGAAAAAAACUCAAGGGAAAAAAACAAAAGAGAAAAAAACAAAAGGGAAAAAAACAAAGGGGAAAAAACUCAUCCUGAACCAUCCAACAUUUGGAAAAAAAAAGUCUGUCUUUUGGGAUUUGCCUUACUGGGAGCAUUUACAAGUUAGACACUGCUUAGAUGUCAUGCAUAUUGAGAAAAAUGUAUGUGAAAGCCUGCUUGGAUUAUUGUUAAACAUUCCCGGGAAAACUAAAGAUGGGAUCAAUGUCCGUAAAGACAUGCAAGAAAUGGGAAUACGUGAAGGGCUUCAUCCUUUUCCGCACCCUAAAGGUUUUUUUCUACCACCAGCAUGCUACACAAUGUCAAACAAGGAAAAAAGAAUGUUUUGUGAAUGUUUACACGGUAUUAAAGUUCCAUCCAGCUAUUCAGCAAACAUUAAAAGGUUGGUGUCAUUGAAAGAUUCUAAAUUGCUUGGUAUGAAGUCUCAUGAUUGUCAUGUUUUGAUGACACAUAUGAUUCCUAUUGCAAUCCGUGGAUCAUUACCAGAUAAAAUCCGACAUACAAUCACAAAGCUUUGUUUGUUUUUCAACACAAUUCAUUCGAAAGUAAUUGAUCCACAAUCACUUGAAAGUUUGCAAAAAGAAAUAAUCGUCACGCUCUGUGAACUUGAGAUGUAUUUUCCGCCGUCGUUUUUUGAUGUGAUGGUUCACCUGGUAAUCCAUAUUGUAAGAGAAAUUCAGGCUUGUGGUCCUGUAUUUCUACGCUACAUGUACCCUUUUGAAAGAUACAUGGGUUUCUUAAAAGGUUAUGUAAAAAAUCGUAGUCGGCCUGAGGGUAGCAUUGUUGAAGGAUAUACUUCCGAAGAAGUGAAUGAGUUCUGCCCAGGUUAUUUGAAUGGUGUCAAAAGUAUUGGUGUUCCUCAAUCUCGUCACUCGGGUAGACUUCAAGGGAGAGGAGGUGUUGGUAUGAGAACAAUAUUCCCAAGUUACGAUUCUUUACAACUUGCACAUUUUGUUGUCUUACAACACAUGGCAUGUAUUGCUCCUUACGUUAACGAACACAUGGAAACAUUACAGUCGACAUACCAGGGUAGGACAGCAUAUUGGUAUAAAAAAAAGCAUAACGAAGAGUUUGCUAGUUGGUUGAAAAGUAAGGUAAUGGCAAAUGGCCAAGGAGAUGUUGAUCUAGUUGUACAGAAGUUAGGUCAAGGUCCAAAUAUUAAUGUAACAUCUUACCAAGGGUACGACAUUAAUGGUUAUACGUUUUACACCAAAGAUCAAGAUGGGAAAAGUACAAUGCAGAACAGUGGAGUUACUGUAGUAGCCACAUCGACCCAGUACGAUAGGACGAAUCGUGAUAUACUUACAAGAAUUGCUAAAAAUUCUUAUUACGGUGUUAUACAUGAAAUAUGGGAAUUGGAUUAUGGUUUCACCACCAUACCUGUGUUCAAAUGUAAGUGGGUGAAUAACACUAGAGGCGUUACAGUUGACAAAUAUGGAUUUACACUUGUGGACCUUAACACAGAUGGCUAUGCAUCUGAACCAUUCGUUUUAGCAAAACUAGUAACACAAGUGUUUUUUGUCAACGACCCGAGCAAACCAAAAUGGGAUAUCGUAGUGCAGGGUAAAAGAAGUUGA